CUAUUAUUCCUUUUUUUACUGCAUAGUCUUACUUUAGCGCUCACGAGCCAACCCUCAUUUACAGCCCCAAAGCCCAGUAGCACCAGCGCCGCACUCCGUCGUGCACGACCUUUCUCUGCAGCAUAUUUUUGACAUCAGCUCAAGGCAAACUAGCCGCUCACCUCUUGCUUCAUUCCCACAACAUGCCCAGAACGACUGUUAUUCCGUUUGUUGCCAGUGAAGAGUCGAAAAGACUGGAGAUCACGGCACCUGCCCAGUUUCUCAACGAGAUGAUGGAGGCAGGAGAGGAGUUUGACCCGUUAGCUGACCGGCAGCUGAAGAAGUCCAUCAUGGACCGUGAAUCGGAUUACCAGAAACGCAAAUACCAGCGGAGCUUGGAUGUUACAGAGGAAGUUUCAUACAAAACGGUGAUGGCAGAACGAGAGUUGGAACGCGAGGAAUUGCGGGUAAAGCGGAUUAUUGACGAGAAAGCAAAAGAGGUGCCCGCGGGGGAGGAGACCGGGGAUAAGACGCCUCCACGGAGCUCUACGCCUCCUCGAAGAGAGCGAAAACGGCGCUGGGACGUCGACGAGCCAGAAGCCAAGAAAUCCAGAUGGGACACAGCUCCAGUGAUCGAAAGACCUACGGUGAACGGGGUUCUUCUUACAGACGAAGUAUUGCUGAAGCUAUUACCAAACGGGUAUGCGAUUGUCCCGCCCCCAGAAGACUACCAGCCAAUGGCAGUGUCUACCAUUGAAGCCACUUCGGGAUAUUCCAUCCCCGAAGCGUCACACGUGUCCACGGCGAUGAUUAAGGAGACGCUUGUGACGGAGGUUCCUGGGGUCAAAGACCUCCAGUUCUUCAAGGAAUCGGAUAUGAAGUACUUCGGUAAGCUCCUCGAGGAUGAGGAGCCCGACUCAGAUUUGACGUUUGAUGAACUCAAGGAGCGGAAGAUUAUGCGACUCUUGCUCAAGGUGAAAAACGGCGCCCCAGCCCUCCGCAAAGUAGCUCUCAGGACCCUCACGGAUAAUGCGCGUCAGUUUGGCGCUAAGGCGCUUUUUAACCAGAUCCUUCCGUUGCUUCUAGAACAGUCGUUAGAGGAGCAGGAGCGCCACUUGCUUGUGAAGUUGCUCAACAGGUUAAUUUUCCGGCUCGAUGACCUCGUAAAGCCCUAUGUUAGCAAAAUCCUCAUUGUCACUAACCCACUUUUGAUCGAUGAAGACAAGUUUGCGCGAUUGGAAGGCCGCGAGAUUAUCUCGAACCUCGCCAAGGCCGCCGGUUUGGCCACGAUGAUUGCUACCCAGCGGCCAGACAUCGACAACGUGGACGAAUACGUACGUAACACGACCGCACGGUCGUUUGCAGUUGUGGCCUCUGCACUUGGAGUGGAAAAGCUUAUUCCGUUCCUCAAGGCCGUGUGUAGGUCUAAGCGAAGCUGGAUGGCCAGACAUACCGGGGUUAAGAUUGUCCAGCAGAUUGCAAUCCUUGUGGGUUGUGGCAUCUUGCCCCACUUGAAGCUUCUUGUCGAGUGCAUUGGAGCCGGGUUGGUGGAUGAAAACCAGACCGUGCGAUCUAUCACCGCGACGGCCUUGGCAUCUCUAGCCGAGGCAAGCGCUCCGUACGGGGUGGAGUCGUUCGAAGCAGUGCUUGAGCCUUUGUGGAAAGGUAUCAAGCGCCACCGUGGGAAGGCAUUAUCAGCAUUUUUGAAGUGCAUCGGGUGCAUCAUACCGCUCAUGGACCCGGAAUACGCGUCUCAUUAUACCCGCGAGGUGAUGUUUAUUCUUCUUCGUGAGUUUACCUCUCCAGACGAAGAGAUGAAGCGCACGGUUUUAAAGGUCAUCCAGCAGUGCUCGGCAACGGAAGGUGUUACUGCCAAAUAUUUGGUGGACGACGUGUUGCCCGAGUUCUUCCGCAAUUACUGGGUCAGACGUGUUGCCUUGGAUAAACGCACCCACUGGUUGGUGGUGGAAACGACCGUCGCUCUCAGCAACAAGGUUGGGAGCAAGGAGCUCAUCACACGAAUUCUCAACGUGCUCAAGGACGAAAGUGAGCCGUUUAGAAAGAUGGCGGUGGAAACCACCGUUAGAGUGAUCACCAACCUCGGCUCUGCUGGGUUGACCGCUGAGACGGAGGAGCGCUUGAUCGACGGUGUACUUGUAGCGUUCCAGGAGCAGCUGGUUGACGAUAAGGUGUUUUUGCGCGGCGUGGGGAUAGUGGUGAACUCUCUUGGGAUCCGUGCCAAGCCCCACACUACCGCGAUCUUGAGCACCAUAUUGUUUCGAUUGAAGAACAGAUCGCCGGAGGUCCGCCAGCAGGCGGCCGACCUUAUUGCGCUUAUCGCCCCGGUGAUCAAAACCUGUGGAGAGGACGAAAUGUUGAGCAAGCUCAGUUUGAUUCUCUUCGAGUCGCUCGGGGAGGUGUACCCGGAAGUACUCGGGUCCAUUCUUGGAGCGAUGAAGAGUAUUGUUGCGGUUGUGGGCUUGGACGUUAUCAAUCCGCCCAUUAACCAGCUCUUGCCCACGUUGACCCCGAUCUUGCGCAACAGACACGAAAAGGUGCAGGAGAACUCGAUCGAGUUGGUCGGACGCAUCGCCGAUAGGGGAGCCGAACAUGUGAAUGCACGCGAAUGGAUGCGUAUCUGCUUCGAGUUGCUCGACAUGCUCAAGUCGACCCGUAAGUCUAUCCGCCGCUCCGCAAACAACACGUUUGGACUCAUAGCCAAGGCGAUCGGGCCGCAAGACGUGUUGCAGACGUUGUUGAACAACUUGCGCGUUCAGGAGCGUCAACUCCGUGUGUGCACGGCCGUCGCCAUCGGGAUUGUGGCCGACACCUGUGCCCCGUUCACGGUUCUCCCCGCAUUAAUGAACGAGUACCGCACUCCUGAGAAUAAUGUCCAGAACGGUGUGCUCAAGGCGAUGACGUUUAUGUUUGAGUAUAUCGGCCCGAUGACCAAGGACUACGUGUAUGCGGUGACUCCAUUGCUCGAGGAUGCGUUGACAGACAGGGACCAGGUCCAUCGCCAGACCGCCGCCAGUGUAGUGAAGCACAUGGCGCUAGGCUGUGUGGGGAUGGGCUGUGAGGACGCAUUUGUGCACUUUUUGAACUUACUCAUGCCGAAUAUCUUUGAGACUUCGCCCCAGGUAAUUGACAGAGUUCUCGAGGGUAUUGAAGGGGUGAGAAACGCUGUUGGGGUCGGAAUUAUCAUGAACUACAUCGUUGCCGGGUUGUUCCACCCCGCGCGUAAGGUCAGAACCGCGUACUGGAAGGUGUACAACAGUGCAUACGUGCAAAACGCCCAGUCGAUGAUCGUGUAUUAUCCUGUGGUGGAAGAAAAGGGGUACGAUAUCCCUGAGAUGGACCUUUGGAUCUAGUUUAGAUACUGCGAAAUGCACUUUAGGUGGGGAUUUUAGAGUAGUAGCUAAUGAGAGAGGUUGUGGAUGACUUUUUCCAAAGCUUUGGUGUAAUGGUUAGAUACCUUGAACGUACAGAGCAUGAGCCGUCACUUAUGGUUAUGUUGUGAUGAUUCUAAGUUUUUUUUAAAAAAUAGAGGUACAAUAUGGAAUACUGUUUGGC